UUCGCUCUAGGUGCCCUGAAAGAGUGUCUGGACAAUCAUACACUCUGCGAUAAUGGAACCGACCAUGGUUUUCUCCCAUCCAGGCUGGUCGAGGUCCAAGAAACAUCCGUUCGGGUCGUUGAAACUCAUCAGUUGGACCCGGCGCAGACCAAGUACCUCGCCUUGAGCCACUGUUGGGGGCCUCCGGAGAGCAUCACUGCGCAGCUCAACGAUGAGACGUACGAGGAGUACAUGAAAGAGAUCCCAGCUGCAGCGCUGCCCAAGACCUUCAAGGAUGCCAUUGCCAUCACUCGCAAACUUGGGUAUCAGUACAUCUGGGUCGAUUCACUCUGCAUCAUCCAGCACAACGUCGGAUGCUGGAUAAAAGAGGGCUCGCAGAUGUGUCAGAUCUAUGAGAACUCACUUGUCACCCUCGCUGCCGCUUCUUCUUCGAGUGGUCAGGGCGGUCUUUUCUACAACUCUCCAAAGAUCGAAAUAACUGGCACUGUCCCCGAAUCCGGCAAGGAGUAUCAACUCUUCGCACGGUUCAACUUUAACCACCGAUUCUUUGACUAUCCUCUGAUGAACCGUGCAUGGGUCAUGCAGGAACGUCUCCUCUCGCCUCGGACUCUCUACUUUACGAGUCAAGAACUCGUGUGGGAGUGUCGCUCACGCAACGUUUGUCAGUGUUCGCCUAUUCUGGGUGGCUUCCGAGCCCAGGUUGAUGGGUUCCCGGACAACUCGAAACUUCAGCCCGCCGAAGCGCACUUGGAUACUUCCGCUCUCGUCUCGAAAUGGUACGAGGUGGUUGAGAUUUACACCCAGCUCAAGUUGACGCAUGCAAGUGACAAACUAAUGGCUGUCGACGGCAUUGCGCAGUACAUGGCGCCAUUGCGCGAGAGUCAGCACUUUGCCGGCCUCUGGAUAGAUUCUUUCGCGACGGAUCUCGCCUGGGCUGUCGACACGUUUGACGAUGAAAGGGGGCGAGUACCCGAGUGGCGCGCGCCGACAUGGUCUUGGGCCUCU